AUGUUAGAGGAUGUUAAAAAUAUAUUAAGUGCAGAUUACAUCUCAAAUGGUGUAUAUAAAAGGUUAUUAUCCAUAGAUUGUGCUGUCUCGUUUGAUAUUUCUACGGAGAUGAAGCUGUCACUUAUCAUUGUAUGUGCCAUCUUUGCAGUGGUAUCGGCUAAACACUGCGCGAAGCUGAAAAAGAAAUCGCUAGUGGACUGGGAAACUUCAUACGGAACCCCCCAAAUAGACCCUGGCUUCUAUGUCGGUUAUCCAUACUGGUGGAACCAGCCUUAUUCAAGAAGUCUGCUUUACGAUCCUUACGAAUAUAAUGGUUACCCUGAAGCGUGGAAUAAUGUGUAUCCAUUUUGGUAUUAA